CUAACUUUUGUGCGGUGGUGGUUAAGAACCAACAUAACUUCUGCUGUUAAAUGAAUUUGAAGGCCAUAUCCAACGACUCUUAACUGAGAUGGAUACCUUCAAAUAGUUCCCCAAUUAAGCUAUUUGGUUGCGUUAUCGUUGAUUUCAUUGAUGGAUUUGGUUACUAUGAAUUCUUGCUGGAAGUUGAAGUCUUCUGCUUUUACAUUCCUCACUGAUUCUAGCGCUUCAUGUUUCAAAUUUUGUGCCUCUUGUUAUUCACCAGGGCUCAUCCCCAGUUUAUUGCACAGUAGAUAUAGUAGAGCUGAUAUUAGAGCUUUCGCAAGUCCAGUCAAGAAAUCAAGAAUAAAACGCAGAAAAAUAAAAGAGAACACUACAUUACCCGAGAAACUUGUGGUGGAUGAUUGUAACAUAGAGGAUGAGUUGCAAGACAAAAAUGGCACACCCACUUCAGAUGUAGGGGAGGUUGAGAAUUCUCAAACACUCCCAUCUAGGACCUCUGUGCUUCAAGCAUGCACUAUUACCUCUGGUUUAAUAUGCCUUUUGGGUUUUCUCAUUCGUCAGGCCUCUCAUUUUGCAUCAACAGAAGGAUUGCCAGUUGCAGACUGCUCUGUUGAAAUUUCUUGGGAUUUUCAGAUGUGGCAUCUUGAGUUGAUUACUGGGCUGGUUAUAAUAGUAUCCUCAUGCCGAUAUUUACUGUUGAAAACUUGGCCAGAUUUUGCUGAAUCCAGUGAAGCAGCAAAUAGACAGGUUCUUACUUCUCUUGAACCUUUGGAUUACAUUGUCGUGUCGUUUCUUCCUGGAGUUAGUGAGGAGUUUCUUUUCCGUGGUGCACUUUUGCCUCUCUUUGGUGCCAAAUGGCCAAGUGCUCUGGCCGUUGCUGCAGUCUUUGGAAUAUUGCACUUGGGCAGCGGCCGAAAAUAUUCAUUUGCAAUCUGGGCGACAUUUGUGGGGCUUGCCUAUGGCUAUGCUACAAUUUCAACAUCAAGCAUUAUUGUGCCAAUGGCUGCUCACGCUCUGAAUAACUUGAUCGGAGGCAUCUUAUGGCGCUAUACAUCAAGUUCUUCGAAAUAGAUUGGUUUGGCCUAACGAGAAUCUGUUGGAAUCACGACCCUCGAAUUUAGCAAGGUUUGGCCUAACGAGAAUCUGUUGGAAUCACAACCCUCGAAUUUAGCAUGAGCCUAUACUCGUAACUUGAUCAAGUGGAAUGCAUUCUCUGAUACAUAAACUUGCCUCCACUCUAGUGUAUCAGUUUGGAGCUCGGCCCUGGCUUUCAAGUAUUAUUCUCCUUACUGCCAUAUAGCUUGUGUAUACUUGUAGUUUUUGUAUUUGAUUAAUACUUAAAGUGCUGUUAUUCUCAGAUUUUCUCAAUGUUGCUGCUUAUAAUUUUAUCCAACUCUAGUCAACUUCUGACUGGCAAGGAGUGAAGCUUCAGCUAUGGAUUCCAUGGGGAGAAUCUCCUUG